UUCUGAUUUAUUAUACAUCAAUUUUUUCCAAUAAUACUUUUAUUUCUAUAUUACAGAAUCAAUUUUUUUUAAAAAAAAAUGGGUUUGAAAGGAAAAUUGAUUUCUGAAACAGAAAUAAAAGGUUGUAAGGAUUUGUUUCAUGAAAUGUUUUGUGAAAAAACACAUCAUCUUCCAAAUGUUGUACCACAAACUAUUCAAGCUGUUGAUUUACAUGAAGGUGAUUGGGGUACUGUUGGCUCCAUUGUCAACUGGAAUUAUACUAUCGAGGGACAGGAAAAAGUUGUUAAGGUGGUUGUUGAUGACAUAAACAAGGAAAAAAGGUUAGUGACAUUCAAGGCAUUUGAAGGUCAUUUGAUAGAGGAAUACAAGGCCUUCAAAGCAACUCUUCAUAUUGAGAAUGAAGGAGAUAACAACUUGGUUAUAUGGACUAUUGAAUAUGAAAAGCAGAAUGAAGACAUUCCAGAACCCUUCUCUUAUUUGCAAUUAGCCACUAAUCUAACCAAAGAUGUUGACACCCAUCAUGUCAAUCAGUAAUAUCUAUGUUGUUUAGAUUCUUAAAAUAUAUGAACGAGUGUGUGUGUCAGAUUCUUCAAUAGUAAUGUACUUUUGGAGAAUAUUCACACAACUGUGGUAUGUUUUUGGAAAAAUCCAAACAAUAUAAGUAAUAUGUUGUGAAUAAUGGAUUUCCAUGUUCUCUUUGAAAGAGGUGGUUGCUUGUUGAUUUUUGUGUUUCCCAUAAAGAUGUAAUUUGCUUUGUUGUAUUUUCAUGAAAUAAAUUGUACUAUUUCGUUUCUUCAAGAACAAAUUUUAUUUAUUUGAUUU